GGGCUGUCCACUCCGCCCAAGACAAGACUUUUUUUGUCUAAUAUACUACUAUACUCCCCCGUUUGAACAAACAAGAACAAAAUAAAUGCACGAUCCAAGCUUCGUCCCUCCCUCGAACUUAUUAGCUUCUCGACUUCCAAGUUUGCAAAUCGAUUCAACCUCCGAUUCUCGGUUCAAUCACUCGUUUGGGUACAUCUCGUCUCCCUUUAGAGCCGGAGUUCUCAUUACAGCGGCGCCCAAGCUCCCCUGCUGGUGCUGUUAGCGACGAAUUAACCCCCUGUCGGCUGGUUUUUGGGCCUGGGCUGGGGCUGCGGAAAUAUCCUUGUCCUCGAAAUUCAACCUACCCGCCCUGCCAAUCCAAUCCGGCUUCCCCGUCCCUGUACAGAAAGUUAACGCUCCGUGCAGGGUGCUGGCUGUGCUUCCUUUGCGUAUUUGCGAGUUUUUCGCUCUUAAUGUGCUCUUGGACCUGGACUUGGACUUGAACUUGGACCUGAGCACAGGCUGAAGCCAUUCAUUUGUUCUUCUCAUCACUUUCGAAGCUGGAACUGGAUGCCGGCUGGGUUGUUUUGUCUGUGUCAAGACGAAAUUCGGCGUCCUUUCUUUUAACCUAACCGUGGGGUCCAUCGCUCGACGCCCAUCAUUUUCCACAGGAAUCAUACAGCCCACACCGAAUCCGCCUUUUCUCCAAAGACCGACUCUUUCUCACAUUCGUUCUUCAACACUGGAUCGACUUCUUGGUUAGAUAGCUGUGCUUGUGACUUAGGUUCUCGCCAUCAUUUUUUGUGCGGCUUGUUUCGAAACUCUGGAACGAUACUCGAACCCUCGCCCACGAACCGCCGAAACCUUCACUCCCAAAGCAACCAUCUCUUUUUGCUUCUGACCCGGCCUUUGCCCAAAUUCCAGUUGCAGAUCGAAUAUCUUGUUCUAGAACCGACAGCAAUGGCCAAGAGCUACUGCUGCAUUUUCUUAAAUACGAUCUCUUCAUCUUCAGAUAUCUGCGCUGCUACGGUCGGCGCACCUUGCCGGAGGACGCAGUACAGUGACUAACUGAACGAACGUUACCAACCGCAUCACCGACGAAACGACGAACACGACCAGAAAAAAAAAAAAUCGAUACCCUUGCACACAAACCGAAACCCCGUUUUGUAUAGCAAAUCUAUUCCUGCCCGCUGGGCGACCAUAGUUUUUGCCAGCCUCUGGCGCCCAGCAGCAGCAUCCUGAUCCCACACCUGUCAAGUGCAUCACACCAUGGCUCCCCUUGCUAUUUCUGUACCCGACGCUCCGGGUUCACCAAAUGCAACCCGAGGCAAGUUUGCCUUAUAUGGUAAUCGACAGCGGGAUAGUGAGAACAGCAGCCUUGCACCAGGGACCUCGACAAGUGAUGCAUCACCUUAUGCAUCGCCUAUGACUUCACCAUCAAUGUCUCCGUUAGCAUCUCCUCGGGUUCAGAUAGUGCCGUUUGGAUCCGCCUACCGCCAUACUCGCCAACCCUCUGAUGAGUCUCUGUCACAUUUACCUCCUCUGCCAGUUUCACCACGAUGGGAUUCGAUGUCAAACCCUUCAAGAUUUAUUCUUGGACAGUCAAUAUCACAGCGAGCAGGAUCACCAUUUGACUCUCCGCACUCGCCGUCACCUUUAAGCUACGACACUGCGGCAAGCACUCCUGUGGAAUCUCGAAACACGUCUCCGACAUUUCUGACAUCCAAAUCGUCACUGGCUGACCUGCGCGCCUACGACAGCCUGCCACCCACCGUGGAGAACUUCUCGCGGCCGCGGAAGCAAAGUAUCCGCCAGCCAAUGACAGACGCGGCUAAGCCACGCCCAGUCCACAGCACCCUGGCUACCGCUACCGCUACCGCUACCGCUACCGCGACUGCGACCGCUACAUCGCCCUCUACCCCCGGCCUCAAUCCCGCCGACCAGUACCUCGAGCUUGUAUCACCUUCGCAACAUCCCUUAUGGCCUGCUCCUCCACGUCCCCGCGGUCCUUCAGUUUCAUCCUGUCAGUCUUCAUCUACUUACCACUCGGUCCUUUCUCCACCUUCCAACGACUUUUAUGAGCCUCGAGCGCCCCGUGCUCGGACGGCCAAUGGUGCGACAGCUUCCGCCGCACGGCCACCAUUAAGCUACUCCAACCCGGGGUCGGCCUCACCGAGCCCUGUCGUCGCCCCGUGGAUGAGUGGUGAAGAAUUUAGAUCGAGCUUUCGCUCCCAACUCACAGAAUCUACUGCUCCAGGAACUGCAGUAACUGAGAGAAGUAGCGUCCUUACAAAGGACAGCUCCGUUACAUCGUUAUAUCCGAGCCCUGAAGGCGAAGGGGAGCAGGAAGCCAACCCUGAAAACGACAACGACAACGACCCCGAGCACGACGAACCGAGCCUUGAGGAUGUUAUGGGCAUGUACGAGCAAGGUUUCGACGACGACGAAGACGACGUGCACUACCCUGAUUAUCACAACAGAAAUUCUCGCCCCGUGACAUCAACCUCAGACAUGGAUCAGCGACACAGCAUCAGAGACGAUGCAGAUGACGAGGACUUCCCUCAACGCAAGGUACAAGAGUCCAACUCGACCCUUGACAUGGAGAUCCGAAUGUCCAAGAUGAUCUUCACCCACCCUGCCUUCACAUCAUCAGUACCUCAUAUCGCGGAAAACUACGGUCGCGGAAUGAACGAAAAGCGAGAUUCAGCCAAGUCAUUGGACUCUGAGCCUUCUCUUAAUGAACAACUUUCUUCUGCUGUCGAACCAACACCUACAAGCGCACCACCCGUCUCCGCGCCCCUCUCACCUGUUCGUGAACCUUCCGAGCGACCCGAAACCCCUGAAUCUGGACGCAAUAUGGGCUACGCUUCGGAGCCCGCACCUGAACCAACACCGACAGCAGCACCCGCACCCAUUCCAGGGCCUCAGCCUGUACCUGAACCAGUAUCCGCCCCUCCACCACCUGUUAUUGCACCUGAACCCGUCCAGCCCGAGGACCCUGGCGCUCGUGACCGAUACGGCUUCAAGAAGGAGAACCAGUACGUCACGCGGCAGCAAUACGAUGCCUGGAAUGCUGGAUACACCGAGUACCUGGCACGCCGUCGGAAGAAGUGGAAUGCCUACCUCAAGGAUAAUGCUCUCAUGACAGAUCACCCCAACCGAUUCCCUGCUCCCAACGCAAAGACGAAGCGCUUUGUUCGCAAGGGCAUUCCUCCCGAAUGGCGCGGUGCAGCUUGGUUCUACUACGCUGGUGGCCCCGCCAUUCUGGCAAAGCACUCGGGUCUCUACGAUAAGCUAACAACUAAGCGAGCUAAGGACGUUGAUGCUGAGGCUAUCGAGCGAGAUUUGCAUCGGACAUUCCCUGACAACAUUAAGUUCAAGCCUCCCGGCGGGAUGGACACGGCAUCAAGCAGCGCUAGAGAAAGCCAGUCAACAAUGUCGGACUCUACUCGGGGAUCCAGCCCAGCGCCUCCCAAUGUGGACGGAGAGACACCAAUCAUCACUUCUCUCCGCCGCGUCCUUCAUGCCUUUGCUGUCUACAACCCUCGAAUCGGAUACUGCCAGAGCUUGAAUUUUCUUGCCGGUCUUCUUCUUCUGUUUGUCGAUACCGAGGAGCAGUGCUUUUGGCUUCUCAAUGUCAUUACACGCAUCUACCUCCCCGGCACCCAUGAGAUGAGCCUCGAGGGAUCCAAGAUUGAUCUGGGCGUUCUCAUGACUGAGAUGCGUACCUCCAUGCCUGCUGUAUGGGACAAGGUCGGCGGUGAGCUUGAGGCUGAUCCCAACUCACGGCCCUCGACAAGCAAGUCGAUCCGCCUCACUCGCUCGCGUCGCAAGGAACUCGCACGCAUGUCAACACCAACUGACCGACUUCCACCAAUCACUCUUUGCAUGACGGCCUGGUUCAUGAGUUGCUUCAUCGGCACGCUCCCGAUUGAGACCACUCUCCGGGUGUGGGAUGUCUUCUUCUACGAGGGCUCCAAGACCCUGUUCCGCAUUGCACUGGCCAUCUUCAAGCUAGGCGAGAGCGAGAUUCGGGCUGUAGCCGAUCCUAUGGAGAUGUUUGGUGUUGUGCAAUCGAUGCCACGCCGACUGAUCGACGCUAACGCCCUUAUGGAGGCUUGCUUCAAACGACGGAAUGGCUUCGGGCACCUCAGCCAGGUCCAGAUUGACGAGAAACGCCAACAACGACGAGCUAAGGCGCAGCUGGAUCGAGUCCGUCAGGGCAAGACAUGGAACGUCGGAUAGGCGGAGUUAGAGGACAGCCACCACUGUCUACCCCAACCCGAAACACCAGGAAAUUAAACAUCUGAGCCGCGUCAACAUCAUCACAUCAUCUCGAUUCCUUCAACACUCCUUCAAUAUCUCCUUUUACUAUCUCACUUCUUUCUCAUUUCGGUACACCCUGGCUCGCACUGAAACAGGUGUGAGCCACCGAACCUUAUCAUGGAAUGGCGUUUCAAUGGAAGGCAUGGUCUAUUUCUCGAUUUAGCCGGCAUUGUGUCUUCGUUUUUCUUUAUUCACUUUCAUAUUCAACCUUCCUUUCAAAAUUUCCUUUAUUUCAUUUUCAGCAUACCCCAACAUCUGGGGGAGCUCAUUUACAAUGUCUCAAAGCAGCGGGGAGGGAUCAGCGUUGGACGGCUGGAAUGUACAGGAUGGAAUGGAACCUAAAAAAGGAAACACUGUUUUAUACUUGAUGACGAUGGUUUACGGCUGCAUUGCGACAAGACAAGAAAAGCACCACCAACCUCACAGCACUCUUGUAGGGAAGGAAAACGACUUCCUACGGAUGGAGGUAUGGCUAGGAUGCAAAGGACUGGCAAAGCCAGGCGGUGUCUGGUUUUCAUAUAGAUGGGGGGGAAAAUUACGUAUGAACUGGGUAGAACCUUAUUGUCGAGGAGUAGAUUUGGGGGAUAACCUUUUUUGAUACCCUAAUGGAAUGAAAGAUAAUUACAUGACUGUUCUGUUCG